UUGCUGUUGUAUGUGUUACGACUGACUUUUAAGAAUGUCGAUUUCUUCUGUCAGUUUCGAUAUAUUGCAGGAUGAACCUGAUGUGCGAUUCAUGGAUAAAAGAAGAGUUUAAAUAUUAUAGUGAAUUUAAUUGAAAAUCAAAUAAAGCCUUGUACCAACGAACUGCUCAUACAGUCAUCUGCAACGAAACACAACAAUAAUGGCAAAGUUAUUCCGAAUAGUGAAACUGCCCGACAGAUUCAAUACAGAAGUCUUCACUUUUCAGCUCCCAGCAAAGCUAAUUAAAGAGAAUGCUCCCUCUUCUUUUUCGAAAGACUUUAUCUAUGGCUAUCAAAAAUGGACUGCAAGUUUUGUGAAGAGUGAGCGGCACUUGGGUGCGUUUCUGCGGCUCCAAACAGCGUCUGUUCACGUGGUAUGCAAAGUUGACUAUGCUUUUACCAUGGUAAACACCGAGCAUUUCACCAAAAACGAAACCUUCAUCGAAAAAGGGUCCGAGUUUACCAAGGAAUGCGACACCAGAGGGCGCCAAACUUUUAUAUCGUUAGAGGACCUAGUGACAAGGACAUUUAUACAACAAACUGGAGAUUUCCUUGUGGAGCUGGAACUGAGACACGUAACUACAGCGAUGGAAUGCUUCGUCAGAAUUCCAAAAGACUACCAGGCACGAUACGCAAGUAACAUUAAACUUGAAACGCCUUAUUUCAGUUUUGGAUUAUUUGAUUGGAGUAUUUCACUUUAUCCGAACACACCCACCCAAGACACGGAGGGAAAUGUAGCAGUUCAACUUCACAGGCACACUAACUUUGACCAUUUAUGUCGGGUUCAGUAUGACAUUAGAAUUGGUGAAAAUCAGGCAUUUGAGUCAGGUAACAUAGAACAGUGGCUGGACGGAAGUGGGAACGGUGAACCUUACAUUAUAGGAUCCACUAUACAUAUACUAUCCAGGGGCCGCUCUACGGUUCGCGUCCGUGUGAACAUGUUUUCUGUUGUAUCUAUCAGCGAAGCAGCACUUCCAGUAUUAAACAAGAACCGCAAUCGGGUCCACAUGUACGAUAGGGAUAAGCAGGCCUGGAUGUUAGAAUCUGACAUCUCGGGAAAAUAUCUGGCCUUCAAACUCUACUAUACCGACGUGUCACAUGUUCCCAGAAAAUGCACCCGGCUUGUCAGCUUUGACUUGGCGGUGAUAUCUAUUGACGUUGACCGUCCUACAAUCAAAGCUAGUAACGGUCCGUUCAGCCGCUAUUAUGUACAAGAAGACCUAGACGAAGGAUUCAAAAUGCACACAAAUAUCCCGGUUAGAGAGCUUCAAGAUCCUCGGUGCGAGUUUCUCUCUGCAGAGGAUCAGAAAGUGACGGUCCAUAUCCAUUGGAUAGAUUCUCAUCUCUUGACCACGCCCACUUACCACAGCCUAGAUGACGUAAGCAGAUUACACAAACACCAAAUGAUGCGAGAGAUUAUGGCCCUGCAGGCUGAGAACUAUGCCCUAGAAAAACAAUUGUACAGCUACCAGAAAUCCAUCGCCCGGACAAGCUCCAGGGGACUGUCCGAAUCCGACGACAACCCUAAAGACAGGAACCACUAUCUAUAGAAAAUACAAUAUCCGUGGAAUCUAAUUUCUAACGAAACUGUUUUCAAUGGGAAACGUAAUCUCCGAAUGAGUCCGGAUAUUAUCAAGUGACAAGAUAAUCGAACCAUGCUGUAAAUCAAUGAAUUUUAUUUUGGAAUCUUUUUUAUUGUUGUCAUUAUUCACUAUGAAUAAUUGGAAAUACUGGUGGUAAUUUGUUCGGCACUUUUACAUGAUUGUUAGUUGUUUGACAUUGAAACAAAAUUCAUCAUUUAAUAUUUGUCACAUAAUUUGCACGUCUU